GCGGGAAUCACUUCUUUAGGGUUUUUUGAGCGAUGGCGACGAUCCCCCUCUCCAGCGCUGUGCUCGGCGGCAGUAGCGUGUGGAGGCGAGAAUGCGGCGGCGAUCCUUUGCUCUACGCGAGGUCUGCGGUUUCAGCUGGAUUUGGGCAGGAUCUGCGGAAGCGACGAGCUCAAUCAUGGCAUUUCGUGCGCAAGGUGGAUGAUUUGUGUAGCAGAUGUAUGAGCCCCGAUGCGCAAGGGAUGAAAUCCGUGGAAAUUGGAGCUCCAGAGGCAGCGAACAACGCAGCCUUUUCCCUCUGGUCUAGAUAUGUUGGUCUGCUGGACAGCCAUCCCUUGGUUAUGAAGAGCUUGACCGCGGGCCUCUUAAACGCAUUCUCGGAUUUGUUUUGUCAGAUUGUUGUCGAGAAGUCCCAGACAAUAGAUUUCCAGCGGCUUCUAUCAUUCACGGCUAUUGGGAUUUUUAUGAGUGGACCUGGUAUGCACUACUGGUAUGGAUUUCUACCAAAAUUGAUUCCGUAUCCAGGAGUCUUGGGUUUAGCCCUUCGCAUUGCCGCGGACCAAUUUGUGUUUACACCUCUCGGAACUGGGACGUUUUUCGCUGUCUUGCUCACCCUAGAGGGUCGGAAUCAGCAACUUUGGACAAAGCUUCAACAGGACUGGCUUCCUACCGUCAUAGCGAACUGGAAAGUCUGGAUACCGUUCCAGCUUGUAAACUUUGGACUAGUGCCUCCACAACUGCAGGCUGGUGCAGCGUGCUUGUUAGGCGUGAUUUGGAGCGUUUUUAUUUCGUUUGCUGGUCACAAAAAAUGAGACAGUUUUGUUCUAACUCUGGCAUCAAUUCAAUUCCUUGUUUA